UGAUUGGAUAAAAACUUUACAAUAAUAUACAACGGUUGGAGCGGCGAAACAAAGCGGAUAUAAUAUGACGCGAAGAAAACAGACCAUGGCGAAUCAUUUUAUCUACAAAGAAAAUCUGACCAUGUUUAGGCUAGCAGAGAUCGCUUAGCUGCGUCUGAUUGCGGCCCCUUUGCGUGGUCACGCACGUCCGUGCACGUGCGUCAAAACCAUGAAGCAAUGGAGCGCCACUUGCCCCCGAGGAUCUGGGAGCUCUGGACACGGUUCAGACGGUGGAGCCGCGGAGGCAGACAGCGGUGGCAGCCGGAGGGGGAAGUUGCUGUGCACGGUCGUCCACCUAGGCGUUGGAGGACUCGCUUUGAGCGAGCCACUUCCCACGUUCUGGAAGUUGGCCCCCCCACCUCUGGCAUUGAGGUACCCCGCUUUGACCUGCCUUCUUACACACAACUUCCUCUUUACACUGAUCUCUUUCCUCCUCAUUCUCCUCCACGCUUUCCUGUUCCUUCUGCUAUUCCUUCCUCACCUCCUCCUCCCUAUUCUCCUCCACACUCUCCUGUUCCUUCUUCUGUUCCUUCCACACCCCCUCCUCCUUAUUCUCCUGUUCCUUCUCGCUCUUUUGCUGCUCCUCAUUCUCCUCCACGCUCUCCUGUUCGUCCUUCUUCUGUUCCUUCCACACCCCCUCCUCCCUAUUCUCCUGUUCCUUCUUGCUCUUUUGCUCCUCCUCAUUCUCCUCCACGCUCUCCUGUUCGUCCUUCUUCUGUUCCUUCCACACCCCCUCCUCCUUUUUCUCCUGUUCCCUCUUGCUCUCCGGCUCCUCCUCUUUCUCCUCCAUGCUCUUUUGCUCCUUCUUCUUCUAUUCCACCUUCACCCCCUGCUCCUUCCCCUCUGGUUCCACCUAUUGUGGCUCCUUCUGAGCUGCCCUGUGUUCCCGAUGCUGGCCUUCCCCUGUCUCCUGUUAUUCAGGACUCAGGCUCCACAGUGGAAGGGACCAGUGAGGACUUAGCGGUUGGGGAAACCAACGAGGCUCCUAGCAGCGGCAGCAGCAGCAGCACACCUGGUAGAGAACUAGCCUUUGCGUCUGGCUGGGCAGUUCUUGUCGCAGGUUGCGUCUGGCACUGGGGCCUGCGUGUACAGUUCAGCAUGGUGGUGGGAUGGACUUUUCUUUCACCCUGGAGGCUGAGUUCAGCGCCUGGCAGGGCCGUCGACCCCCCCCAUGCAAGUUGCUCUAGCGUCUGGCAGGGCUGGUUCAUGACAAUCUCCAGUUUCCGAGGUCAUCUCCAGCAAAAAGCUAUCUGAUCUAGAAGAUCUAAGAUCCUUGGGAGACGUAGAACACAAUCACAGCCUGAUAAUCUGACAUGGAACCUUCCAUGUCCAUGUGCACAUGUAACACACAGACGUCCUUGAAACACAGUGCAAUGUGUUAAAUCUUGUGAACCUAUUGAGGAAGAUGUGACACACUCCUAUUUAGAGGCAAAAGAAUCAGCGUUGUCCGAGUACAAACACAAGAGCUUUGGCAGAUAUGCAGUACCAACAUGUACAUGGGAGACUUUCUACCUGCUCUCUGACAGAGGAGAAGGCACACAAAUGUGUAAACCCGUUCUCAUUGGAUUGACACAUGUGCAGUAGCUGUGUCUGAUCCUCUAAUCCCACAGUUUGAAAAAUGUAUGUCAUGGAUUCAAUAAAUAAAAGCCUUUCUUCAUCUGGAUCCCAGUCUUUGCAUAAAAGGUAAAUUUGACAUAAACUACAAUGACAACAAAUAGCAACAGGCUACAAUGUGAUCAAUGAUGCACUAAUUCACACUGAGAUCAGUGGUUUGUAUUGCUGUCCACUGUGUUAUGACUGAUUGGACGUGUUCAUAUACUUGGUUGCAAGUUGUAUUGUUUGAAGGCAAAAUACAUUUUUGCUGAGUAUUUCAAAUGUUUUGACACGGUUAGGGCCAUUUGCAAACAAACUUUUUGGCAUGGGAGCAGCUGUUUAGACUUGGAUCUCAUACAGUAUAAGACAUUGUUCAGGGGUUACUGGGAUUGGACAGCUUAACCGGGUUGACAGGUGUACGCAUAGUCCUUGCUGUGGUGGAAAUUUUCCAUAAAGAAGUAGAUGAGAGAGAGUUGUCCUUUUGUGCGAUUUAUUGAAAUAAUAAAGAAAAUAAAAAUAAUGGGGAAAGCAAAUAAAAAGCAUGGAUGUUGAUCGUGCACAUCAACAAACCAAAAACCAGCUGGGGAGAUCAGUGCACACACCACGAAGGUGUGAUGCAAAGAGCCCACGAUCCUCAAGUUGCUUCUGCCUUUUAGCUUCUCUGUCCGACUAGGGUGGAAUGUCUUUCCAACCCAAUCAAAUUACAUGCACCAUCUCCUCCCUGUCGCAGUGUGUGUGAAGAUUUUUACUUUCUCACACCUGCAUCGCUGACGUCCAGCUAUCUGUGAGAAAGGAGCACCAAGUCUCAACAGACAGAGACACAACUCCCCGACCUUGGGUUUGGGAGCUAGAGUUGAGAGUCUAUCAGGCAGAGACAACCAUUGAACAAUCUAGGUGAAAUGUCAAAUGCAUACAGUAAGACAAAACAUAAGAUAUUAAUUGCAGAACAUAAGUCAUAACUCGUAUAAUAACUGCAUAGAAAUAAGGAAGAGACAUAGAAAUAAGGAAGAGACAAUUUUUGCCAUAACACUCCCCCCUUUUGAUUACACAUUAAUCAACCACUAAGAAGAAAAAUUGUUAACAUCACAUUCUGUAAUAAUAAAAGAUCCUUGCAAAUGAAACAAUAAGGGUAUUAACUCAUCAAGAUUCAAAAUACACCUUCACAUAAAAUGGAAGUAACUAAGGGACAAAAGGUUGGGAGCUGUUUUUGGGUAGUUAUACAAGAAUAACCUCUGUAUUGGCAUGUGAAGAAAAUAAGCUCAUAAUCAUAUUUGUAUCAGAUUAUAUUUUGUGAUUAGAUAGCCUAAGAUCAUCGUCAAAGUCAUUAAGUAAAUUAGAGUUGGGGUUUUUGAACAUAGUGCAUUGUGUCAUCUCAUACGAGAGUGUUGCUGAGGUCGCACGCAUGAUGAGACCUCUAACCAGUGGGAUAACGCAAAAACCAAACAAGAGAAUCACAGCCAUCUCAAUUAUAAAGGAAACAGCUGUGGACAUGAGAACAGAUUUCCAUUUUCCAGACAUCUCGUCUAGCCAAUUCCAAGAGGAAGAAUCUAUACCAGAGUUAGCUGAGACUCUAAAGGCCGUGGAGCGCCUUCGCCACAAUACCAUUAGAAUCAGUGUUAUUCAGGAUGUAAGUACAACAUGCGUCUCCAAACAUAACACAACCGCCUCUUUUCUCUGCUAACAACGUGUCUACGGCCAUUCAAUUGUAAUGUAAUAAAGACAAUUAAUGUAUGAUAGCCAUACGUUUCCGGUGGGGUUCUGUUUCAUAUAUUCUUAAGAUAGAUUUAAUGCUUUCGGAUCUUUAAUUGUACAUUUGCGUCUAGAGCGAAUAGGAGAUUCAGGGAUUUAACCAGAAUGAUGAUGCAUAUUUCCGCUUCUGUUGUCUUUCAUCUGUAGAUGAAGGAUAGAACUAAUUGUAGCAGUGAAUAAAGUGAUUGUGAGCAAAUUAAACACCAAGUCAACUUCAGGAUAUUUAAACUCAGUGUUGUUGUUGUUGUGAAUUUUCUCAUUCAAAAGUAGUGUGUAAAGUUACAUAGAAACAUCAUAUGCUAAAGGCAAUAAUCCAAGUAACAUAAAAUGAAGUCUAACAAAGCAUGUUUACAAUUGAUGUCUCGUAACAAUCUGCUUCUUCCUGUUGAACAGUAGCGUUAGAUUGUUUCCAACCUGUGUGUUGAAGUAUUGAUUGUUCGUUGGGGUUCUUCAGGUUGUGAUCAGCUGAUCACAGAGACACUUGGGGUUCGUUAUCACCGCCAGGUUUCCUCCCAAUGUCGUCUGAGUCACUGUCACUCCCGUGAUGUGAAGAGUCUACACGUCGUCCAGCGUCGGCAACUCAAGGCUGCUCGUGUGUGUGUUUUCUCAGGAACGUGUGUGUAGAUGUAUGGUCUGAUAGUGUGAUUCAUCGGUGCAGCUUUAGGCGGCGCUUGGCUCACACCUUUAGCUGAACGGUCAACGCAGCCUCGCCUCAGUGCGUGUGUGAGCACAGCGAGGGUCGUUCUUCUCAAUUCUUUUCGUCAGUGGUGGUUUUCUUGUGUGGUGUAGAUGUAGAUGGAGGGUCGUCUGUCGGAUCCGGGACCUUCCUGGAUGGAGUUGAUCCAAGUCGCUCUUUCUGUGAUCUUCACAGCCGUGUGGGUCGUCAGAAAGACCUGGAAGUGGCCUCGCCACCGUUUUGAGUCCCAAUGCUUCCUCCUGAACUCCUAACGAUCGCCAGUCCCCUCGUUGGAUGGUGUAAUGGUCCUGUCGCCUGUUUUC